AUGGAUGGUCUUGCGGUAACGUCAUCUCACCAUUUAUAUGAUAGUAACAGUAGCAGUAGUGAUAUGGAGAGCACAGCCAGCGAAAUGACUCCUAUUGACUCUCUGGCGUCCUCUGAUGAUAUUCAGGAGAUUGAUUUUGAACUACAAGAGACACUUAUCCUUCCGCAACAACAUAAUAAAGUUGCUGUCUCUCCUACUAGGGAGACAGAACCUUGCAUUGUGUAUUUGCGUCUUGAUGACAACAUGGUACAAAAAGAUACUAGUGGUAUUUGUACUGAUACUCCACUCAUUCAUGAAAUAUUUAGUAGUACGUUACCGGCUUUGAACCAUGACGGUAGAAGUAGUAGUGCUGAUGGGACAGAUCACUUUGAUAAACACUUUUUGCACGACUCCGUAGAGGAGAUUUCUAGUAUUGUUUCAGUAGAGGAAAAAGAACCUUUAAACGAAACAGCGGCAACAGCGAGAGCUCUUACUAUUCGCCAUUCCUCUGCAGCAUUGCUUAAUGCAUAUUUUCACCUGAAACGUACUGUAAAGCAGCGAACAUACCGGCUCUACUAUGUCAAGUGGAUACAGUUCCUUAUGCGUAGAUGUUUUCUCUCAGCAUCAACACAAACAGCAACAGAAGACGCACCACAUAACUUGGGUUUGGUAGAAUCGUCGUUGAAGAGUGAUGUGUCAACGAAGCAUGGGAAUGAUCUGUUCACACCACCACCGUGCUUGCGUAAGUCCCCAUUUCGUGACAACUUUGAGAGUAACAAAAAUCCGACUGAGGGUAAUUCUUUAUACUACCAAAAUAGGAAAUAUAAACCACAAAAACCAUUAUCGUCCUCAACAACUGGAUCUACCUUUAUGUCUAUGAACAACAAGAACAAAAGUAACAACAACAACAACAACAAUACUACCCCUGAUAAUAGCAUCAUCAUAAAGUCUCCAAAUUCAUUAUUGUAUUCAAGACUACGAUCUAGAAGUAAACCAUGUAUUUUACUCGACUACGGUGAACUGUCAUUACCCCCAAACCGUGGCGUUGCCCAAUCAGAUUACGUACCAAGUACCAAACUACCGAAACUCAUCACCUUUCCUGAAAACGUUACCGUUCUCUCUUCUUCCACUGUCUACAUAAAUCGUUCUCCUUUCCUUAAUAGAAAAUGA